GUCCAGACGUCGCCGGGCACCCCCGCGCACUGUAAAAUCCGUCUGGGAAAUUUGCAAAUGGACGGCGCGGCCCGUCUGCUCUCCUGUGCUCCGCGGCCGCAAUCGCCGUCGCGCGCUCGCUAAACCGUACGGGCGGGCGGGCGGGCAAAAGCCGCUGGCAGCCGCUGUCCUCCUCUUCCUCCAGCCGCAGCAGCAGCAGCAGUGGCGGCGGCGGCGGCGGAAGCAGCAGCGACCGUGUUGUGCUAGCGAGGGCAGGAUGUCCGACUGUGCCGAGGCCGUGAGUGACUCUCCCUCGCUCGCCACGGACGGAGCGGACAGCCCGCGGCGGGGACAGCUGCUCGACCCGCCGCCCCCGCAGACGGACGUGAAGCUGUUGUCAGCUGUGGGCGCCGACCUCGCCGCCAAGCAGUUCCUGCUGGCCAGCGCCGGGGUCGGCGGCUCAGCGGGCGGCGCCGGCGGGCAGCCUGUGGUCGGGCGCAUUCCCGUGAUCCUGGCCACCGGUGACGGUGGUGCAGCGCAGCACCUUCAGCUGGUGACGGACGCCGGCACGUCAGAGUACCUGAGCGCCAUUCAGGGGGGUCCCAAGGAGAGUGGGGGGCCCUCAUCGGCAGCGGCGGCGGCGGCGGCGAUGCCGGUGAAGCACGAGGCACGGCUAGUGCCGUCCACGGUGGAGCACUGCGUGGUGUGCGGGGACGUGGCGUCCGGGCGCCACUAUGGUGCCAUGAGCUGCGAGGGCUGCAAAGGCUUCUUCAAGCGCAGCGUGCGUCGCAGCGUCGUCUACACCUGCCGCGGCAACCGCGACUGCCUCAUCACCAAAAACCACCGCAACCGCUGCCAGUACUGCCGGCUGCAGAAGUGUCUGCUCAUGGGCAUGCGGCAGGAGUGUAGGUCGCGCCGCUACGCGGUGCAGAACGAGCGGAAGCCUUCGGACAAGGCGGGCAGCGUUUCAUCGGGAAAACCGUACGGCAGGAAAGACUACUCGGGGCCCGUGUCGUCCUUCUCCUACAAGAGCAGCGCUCGGCUCCUCGCACCAUUUGACUCGUCGCCCAUGGAGGAGGGACACCAGGCUCUGCGGCGUCACGAUGGCUCCAUGCUGCAGAGCAGCAAGCUGUCGUCCGGCCGAGGGGACCUGAACACCCUGGCGAGCGUGGUGACGUCCCUCGCCAGCCUCAAGAAGGAGGGCGGCGGCUGUGGCCUCGGCGGCUUCGACAGCCAGAGCAAUGGCGAUGGCGCCGGAGCCGGCCUCGGCUGGCAGAACGGGCACACGCCUGUCGCUCCUUCCAGGGGCUUUGGGGCGCUGGGCAAGGCUCUGGGGGUCUCCCGCGACGGGGGAGAGGGGGCCGAUAGAGGAUCCCACUCCGAGCUCCCCUCCACAAGAUCUCGGCCCAAGAUGGAGCCGUGCUGUGGAGAGUCCCUGCUGACCGCAGACCAUGCCGAGUUUGAGCUGACGAUGCCGCUGCCCGUGCCAGACACCAUGAACAUCAGCUACAUCUGCGAGUCGGCGUCGCGUCUCCUCUUCCUCUCCAUGCACUGGGUCCGCUCCAUCCCGGCCCUCGCGACGCUCGGGCAGGAGUGCUGCACGGGACUUGUGCGCGCGUGCUGGAACGAGCUGUUCACGCUGGGGCUGGCACAGUGCGCCCAGGUGAUGAACCUUCCGGCCAUCCUCGCUGCGGUCAUCGCGCACCUCCAGAGCAGUCUGCAGCAGGACAAGCUGCCGGCGGAGCGCGUGAAGCUGGUGGUGGAGCACGUGUGGAGGCUGCAGGAGUUCUGCCACAGCAUGUCGCGGCUCGGCGUGGACGCGUUUGAGUUCGCGUGCCUCAAGGCCAUCGUGCUGUUCAGCCCAGACCACCCUGGGCUGGUGAACGUGGAGCAGAUCAAGCAGCUGCAGGAGAGAGCCACGCUGGAGCUGCGGGGAUACAUGGAGUCUGCUCAUCCCGACGACAGCACCAGGCUGCUGCGGCUGCUGCUGCGCCUCCCCGCGCUGCGUCUCAUGAGCUCCGCCGUGACGGAGGAGCUCUUCUUCGUGGGCCUCAUCGGCACCGUGCAGAUCGACAGCAUCGUCCCCUACAUCCUGCGCAUGGACUCCGACGACUACAAGGUGUGACCUCCGACCCCCCUCCCAGCGGCACCUCCGGACCCGGACCUCGAGUGCACGUGGAGCAAAGGAAAAACGGAGAGAAAGAAAACGAUGAAUGACCGCCGCCCGCGCCGCCCGCCCGCCUGCCCGACUCCUUCUUCCUCCUCCACCGAAUCCGACAACUUGUGACUCUUGCGUUUACUCCUGCAUCGGCGCGUAGCACUUCGGACGUUCUCCACCAAAGGAGAGCGAAUUUCCGCCCCCAUUUUUAAUGCCGUGUAAGCGUGCGUGUUUCGUGCGCCACCUCUUCUGGCCUCUCCGCAACACUCCAGACACCUCACCCCGUCCCCCACCACCGCCCUUUCCCCGCCCGCCGCCGACGACCGUCGGGCAAUGGGAUUUUGAACGAAGUCGCAAGGCAGCGGCGGCGGCGGCGGCCUUACGCUUGAUUUUCCCCGCAGCCCGCAGCUAAGAAAGACGCGGUGAGCUGCGUUUACCCUCCUCCUUCCCCCGAAAGAUGACGAACAGUUAAACAAAAAGGAACAGAACGGGGGGGUGAAAAAAAAAAGACGACGCAAAAAUUACCGUAAUAAUGAAAACAAAACAAGCAAAACGAAAACAAAGCCCUGCUCCUACGAACAUUCUCCUCUCCGAACGAAUUUCAUUUUUGUUUUGCUAGACUCGUCCAAAGGAUUUUUACAGCCGGAAGUUUCGUGCGCGGGGGGGGGAAGGUGGUCGAGUAGUUUGUUUCGGUCGGUAGUCGUGCCCAGCUCCUUUUCGGAACGCUUAUUUCGUUGUCGUUGCCACCGCUGAGAUUUCCUCUCCACCCGCAAGCCUACGACGGGCACGGCGCGGUGGGAGUCGGGGGGUGGGCGGGGGAGAAGCCGUGGAACGCGCGGAGACUUUUCUUCUCUAUCGCUUCCGCUGUAAAACGGCAUCAAGAGGUUAUUUUUUUCCUUUCCUGAAACGAUGCGGCGCGAUUGUACGUUGCUUCUGAAAAACUGUGCACCCGCACGCACGCACUCUCCACACACGAUGUAUAGUUUUUUAAAUUAAGAAACGUACGCUUGCACACUCUCUAAGCAGCAUUUUCACGCAACGCACCCACUCAUACCCCCCUUUUCCUCGGCCUCUCCUGACUUUUUUUUUGCACUUUGGAAGAACGUUACUGUUUUAUAAUCCGAAGAGCCUAAAUCGCUGUAGACUACGUAUAUAAAAUAUAUAUAUUAAACAAACAAAAAAACUACAAAAAAUGUACGGGGGAGAGAGAGAGAGCGAGCGAACGAGAGAGAGAGAAGAACCGAACGUAAAGACGAAAUCGUGCGGCAAUGUUGCGAAGGAAGAUGCCGGCUUCCUGAAGGCGGAGCAAUGACGGGACAAGCAGAGGCACGCGCCGCGGUCGUUUUGAACAACGGCGUCGCUGCGGGAAACAAACAAAAAGGUUUCAAAAGAGAGGGGAAAUCAUGGAAAGAAGAGGAAAUAAAAAUACAAAUCGUCAUCCCUUUAAUGCGCGGCACUCAUCCUCCUGCACUCCGCCCCUCCUCCCUCCCUCCACAGGGGGUCACGGGGUCAGCGUUAACAUUGCACUUAUUUUUCGCUUUUAGUCUUUUACGGGGGACGCGUGGGAAGCGGAGACUGCGCGCGGCGCGCGCCGACUCUUGCCGCUAACGAGAGGUGAGAGAGACGCUGGGGAGGGAAGGGGGGCGGCACGGCCAGCCACGUUCGCUGUUUUCCGCUGACGCUCGGCUUUUCCACCACCGUUUCGGGAACUCCCCUCCCCCGGGUUCCAAUCUUGUUCGAGGGUCGACCCGGCCCGUUGUUGCUUCCAGGGUGGACAAAGUAAAGUAUUGCUUUUUUGCUGUAAGGGUCCCGCCCGUCGGGCAGACUGUCCCCUGCCGUGGGAUUGUGAAAUUGACACCGCUUGAUCUUCUUGGUGGGUUUUUACCAGCGCAGCUGAAUGCCCCCCCCCCUCACCCCGGCCACCCCCCCUCAACCCCGCUCGUUUUGACGUUGGCUUCCGGGUGCUCUGACUCAGGUGGCGCCAUUGUGGUGGCGUUGUUGUCCUGGUUGUGAGCUUGCGGGGGUUUUAACGUUGACCCUCCUGGGGUUGAACCGCGAUCCCUGCGUUUUUUUAGUUUUUGCCAAAACCGCCUUUCCCAGGGCCACCCCGACCCCUCCCCCCCCCCGGCAGAGCCGGUCUGCGCGCCCGGUCCCAACGCUCACCCGCGUGCCCGUCGUUUGUAAUUAUUAUUUUUGACUACGAAAAAAAGGAAGAAAAAAAAUGAUAUAUAUGAAUCGCAUGUUUGAAUUGCACCUUUUUUUCCUAUAGCACAACACGAAUGCACAUCGCUGUCGGGGGGGGGGGGGGGGGGGGGGGGGGAGGUCCUUCUCCCACGCGCGCAUUCUCAUUGUCAUCGUCGCCGUUGUCGUCGCCAUUAUUAUUGUUAUUAUUGCUACUAUCACCUUUUACUUGCGCUCAAAGGCACACGUAUUUCUCGAGACGCGGGAGAAGCGAGCGAAGUUAAACUUUGCGCUCCCCGCGCCCACCGGCGCUUUUCGGUGAAAGGGUGGGGGGAGGAAUCUGUCUUUUUUUUUUCUUCGUGGGGCAUAUUUCGUUGCAUUUUUAUUUUAUAUAUAUUUUUAGAAACCCCCCCCCCCCCCCACCCCACCUCGUCAUUUCCACACGGCGGCUGCCACCGCUUGCGAGAGCAUGCAGAGCGAAGAAAGGCGCUGUGGGGUUUCGUUGGCGAUGGUUACAUUCCAUUGAGCGCGGAAGUUCGGGGAGGUUACGGAGCGGUGAGAUGAGUCGCGGGGGUCCCAACGGUGCGUUACGGAACACCGGCUGUGUCCCGCUGCUGCUGCUGCUGCUGCUGCUGUAUGCAAGUGUGCAGUCGAGCGUCGCUGCGUGCGUGCGUCAGCCAGGGUGCGGGGCGCGCGUUCGGGAAGAGUUCGCACGUGUGGCGUGGUUUCUGUGUUUGCUCCACAGAGCGUUGCAUUGUUGUUAUUUUUUUACAUCGUAUCGUAGUCAUCGAUAAUAAUAAUAACAUUAUUAUUACGACUGUGUAGGUUUAUUUGCGAUUCGGCUGCAGAGCUCUCCGGUGCAUUCUUCUGGUCGUGCCGCCUGACGUUCUUUUUGUUCACGAUGUCUUGACGUUCGGCGCACGCGGCUGGGAGCUCGUUCAGGAACUGUGUUUUUGAACGCGUCGUGGGUUCGAAUUAUUUUGGUUCGCUGAAGGAGACGCGGUAACAACGCGAGAACGCACCAAGCACGCCUGUCGCCUUCGUCGUCGUCGUCGUCGUCAUCACGAGUUUUCAAAUUUCCCUCGAUAAGCUCUGUUGUGUGUAGUCACUUGCUGCAUUUUGCCUGGAUCAUGUGAUGCCUUAGAUCCUACGAAAACGAGGGCCGGGUGGCCGAUGCGUGCUUUUGGGAUGCGCUUUGAGCCCUCUGGCAACCUCGGGUCGCAGAGGCAGUGGUUCCAUCGGUCGCCCCCCCCCCCUGAGCGAUGAGGGGCGUGCAACAACGACGAUAGUCGCGGCCACGCGGAUGCUUCAUGUCGUUUUUCAGUUUUAAGAAAACUAAAAAUCAGUCCUAAUUAAACGUUUCUUCGCUAACGGCGGCGACGUUUUUCAAAUCGAUGGAAUUUCAAAAUCCAAGCGGUGUUUUAUUUUCUUCGUGCUUUCUUUUGGUCGCACUGGCAUUUGAGCACCUUGGGCGGUUCGCCGUCGCUUAAAGAGGCGAGCGAGCGAGCGAGGAGGAGGAGGAGCGAAGAGCGGAGGGUCGCAGACGGACGGACGCACGCGCACCGCACUCGCGCAGACAACACAGAUGAAGCCGCGCUUGUACCGACGGCGUGUCACGUUGCGCCGCUUGUGCUGCCGCGUAGCUCUCUCUCUCCGAACGCAGCCCCAAUUCAGGGGGCCCCGAGCGCGCCGACGCCGUCGCAGGCGCGCGACGUGUCCCGGCCGGGGGCGGGGGGGGGGGGCGAGCUUUGAAUUGCAGCGUUAAAAAUAAACAGAAAACAUUCUCCUCCGCGCCGAGCGACACGCGGGACAACCCGCAAACGCGCAGUGGGCGGGGCGGUGGAGUUGGCGACGAUGGCGAGCCUGCGCCAGGCCGCAACCUGCUCGCGGUUUUGCGUUCUUAAAAAGUGGCACCCUUUGCCCGCCCGCCGCGUGCUCAAUCGCGUCCCCCGGUCGCCCUGCGGUCACGUCAGAAAUUUCCUCCUGAAGUCGCACUUUUUGUUAAAUGCUUGGCGGGAACGGAAAGGUGGGGGGGGGGUGUGUGGAGAGGCGACGAUCGGUGCCGUGCCGGCAGCUGUGGUUCCGUACACCCCGGUGGGGUGGUGGCGAGUGAAAUGAUGCAUCUGAGCUUUACGAUGCACGUGGUCAGGUUGUGCGCGUAGGCGCUGAUGGGGGUUUUCGUUUGGGUUCGCGUAUGUGCUGGGGGUGGAGCGGUGGAACUGCGGUUAGCGCACGCUGCGCUGUGAAUCGUGCGGCUAUAACGCGCCUUCUGGUCGGUGAAUCCGGCACCCCACGCUUCGAUUCCCGGCACCCCACGGUUCGAGCCUGAACGAUAACGGCACCCAUCCUGGGCGCACCGCCCGUUGGCCAACGCGAACUGACCAGUGUGGCGAAGUUUGGUUCGAAAACAACGCCCAAUUGCCCGUGGAGAGUCCUUCAUCCAGCGGUGGAUUGAUAAUGGUCUUCAAAUUAUGACUGUCGUUCGUUGCAAUUGUAUGUUGCGCGAUCACCUUUCAAGUUGAUUUUUUUUUCCGUGUCAACCAAGUGAGACGACCAACACGACACCGGGAUGAGGCUCAUUUUUCCGGGUUACCGAAAAUGCUGCGUGACGCCCCCUCGCCACGCUUCAUGCUGCGCAGUUCAACUUUGAACAAUUCGUUGUUCCGUUUUUUUUUGUUUGGCACAUUGUUCCUUGCGUUGUCGCCAAACAAAAGGUCGCAAUUUGGGAUUCAAUAAUUGAUUCCUUGCGAUACGAUUCGUUCUCACCCCUUGGAUUCGACAACCGAUUGGUUUGGGGUUUUAUUUUUGUUAACGCCGCUAUUAGAUUAUUUGUCACGGUGUGUGUAGGCGUCCACGAGUCAAUUCAAACAUCGUCGUCAGCCGGUAGCGCCUCUAAUGGCUGCGGGCGGUGGGGGGGGGGCUGAAGCCGAUCCGAUGACCCUGUACAACUCGGGAAACGGAACAAAAAAACCCCCCAUUAUUGAGUCUUGCACGCGCGCGAUUCAGCGUGCGUGUCGCGAGCCCCCUAAGAAUCCACGUUAAUCCGAUGCAUCGUUCGACCCCCGGGGCACGCGCGCGUACACGCGCACACGCGCGUCGCACACACGCGAGUACGUGUGUGUGUGUGUGCGCGACGCUCGUGUGCACGCCACUCCCCCGCCCCCACGUCGCCAACCCACAGUGGAGGUGACGCUAUGCUCUGGAGCAGGGGUGGGGAGCCACGGUGGCUAGGAGAUGUUAACUCCCUCGCCCGGUGUACAGGAGGUCGUGGGUUCGAUCCCGACCCUGACGCCUGCUGCUGCCGCUGUAUAUUUGGAGUUUGCGUGUCUCUCUCCCCGUGGUGGUCGCGUGGAUUUUUCCUUGGUUUCUUUCUUCAAGAUUUAGAAACACCGCGAUAAGCCGCUUCGCCGAGCUGUCAUUUGUGAUGGCCAGGGGUCGCUUUUGAAAAACAGCCACAUCGCUCAGUGGGGCCUUACCUGGUAAAAUACAAAAUAGUUUAGUUGAUGAAAAACAACUUUAGUUUUCAAUUUCCUUACCGAGGGCCAAAUAGGACUUCACACACCUUUGGCGGCCAACCACACGUGAGCACUCCUCGCAACCGUGCGCUCGCGUUGUCACUCGUUUAUAGAAACGCGCAAAAAUAUCCCGCGCGCCGACCAAGCGCAUGGAGGCACUCGCAGUGACGGAAGCGACGGAGCGCGUGGCUGUCCAAUUAACAAAAACCACGGCGUCGUAGCCAGGUGGUGAAAAACGUUGACCUACCCCCCCCCCCCCCCCCUAGCGCUCGAGUAGUGGUUCCUCCUCCUGCUGCUGCUGCUGCCCUGCUCUAGAAGCCGGGUGUCGAAUCCUGCGACGACCGUGUCACCGGUGUGCGUCCUCCGCCAACCGGGGUUGUGUGGAGGUCGUUGGCUCCUCACUUCCCAAGUUUGUUUUCUCCUUCCACCCCCCCCCC